AUGGCUGGAGACUAUCCCAGGGUACUACGCAAAAUUGCCGAAGGCCAGUCCGCUUCCAUUCAAGACGUAAAAUGGGCUAUCAGGCAAUGUCCCGCUGAGAUCCUUUCCGCCCUGUUGGACAGCGGCGUCGAUAUCAACCAACCCAUCAACGCUUGGAACCCUCCACCGUUGGCGCUGACAUUCCAUGAUCCCCAACUCACAAGGUUGUUCUUGUCGAAGAACGCAGACCCGAACGCCCAGUGCAGAUUCGACAUGACCCCGUUGUCGGUCGCAGUCCUAGAAGCCUCCUUGGAAAUCAUCCAGCUUCUGUUCGAUCACGGCGCCUCGUGCGAUUAUGGCCAGCCCCUUCACUGGGCUACACGGCGCAGCUCCGCCGAUCGGCUGGAUGUUGCUCAAUCGCUCCUGCUGAGAGGGGCCAGAAUCAAUGAAAUCGAAUAUCAAUCCCAUCCAACUUCGUUCCAAUAUUGCGAUUUCAUGGCUCUGGGAACUCCGCUUCAUGGGGCCGCAGAACGAGGUGACGCGGAGAUGGUGGAAUUUCUCCUCAACAACGGUGCAGAUGCUACCAUUCGAGACACAUUUGGCGAGCGAGCAAUCGAAAGGGCGGCAAGAAAUAAUCACCCUGAGGUGGUGCGAUUGUUGAAUAAUUAG